AUAUAAGCGGCACCGACAGGCGACAGUUGCCAGCGCACGUUGCUAACGUGCACCUGAUUCCUUUCUUUCAUUUUUCCCGAACUCACUCUGUCUGCUGCAACUUCCUUCACCUGAUCCAACCUCCGCCACUCUCACUUCCCAAUGGUAGGGUUCCGAUGAGUGUGGAGUGCCCAAUCGGCAUCCAAUGAGACGGCGCCCCGUGGCGGCCCUUCUCCCCGACCAAAUGGAGAAAACCACCACCAAAAACCCUAACUCCAGACUCUGCUUCCUCGCUUCCCUCUCCGCAUUCUUCUGGUUCCUCCUCCUCUACUUCCACUUCACCGUUCUCCGCACCCAACCCAGCGCACCCCUCCCCGUCACUUUCCAACGACCAAAGCCCCAAUUCCCCUUCGCCGCCAACGCCUCCGACCCCUGCGGCGGCCGUUACAUCUACGUCCACAACCUCCCCCCGCGCUUCAACCACGACAUGCUCAAGCACUGCAAGACCCUCUCCCUCUGGACCAACAUGUGCAAGUUCACCACCAACGCCGGCCUCGGCCCCCCGCUCGACAACACCCACUCCGUCUUCUCCGACACCGGCUGGUACGCCACCAACCAGUUCGCCGUCGACGUCAUCUUCGCCAACCGCAUGAACCAGUACCAAUGCCUCACCAACGACUCCUCCCUCGCCGCCGCCGUCUUCGUCCCCUUCUACGCCGGCUUCGACAUCGCCCGCUACCUCUGGGGCUACAACAUCUCCACGCGCGACGCCGCCUCCCUGGACCUCGUCGACUGGCUCACCAAGCAGCCCCAGUGGGGAGUCAUGAACGGCAGAGAUCACUUCCUCGUGGCCGGGAGAAUCACCUGGGACUUCCGCAGGCUCACGGAUCAAGAAUCCGAUUGGGGUAACAAGCUUUUGUUUUUGCCCGCUGCUAAGAACAUGUCCAUGCUUGUUGUUGAGUCUAGUCCCUGGAACGCUAAUGAUUUUGGGAUUCCCUAUCCCACUUAUUUCCACCCUGCAAAAGAUGAUGACGUCUUCAUCUGGCAGGAGAGGAUGCGGAGGUUGGAGAGGAAGUGGCUCUUCUCCUUCGCCGGCGCGCCGCGCCCGGGUAACGCUAAGUCGAUUAGGGGUCACAUUAUUGAGCAGUGUAGCAGAUCCAAUGUGGGGAAGUUGUUGGAGUGUGAUUUUGGGGAGAGUAAGUGUCAUUCCCCGAGUAGCAUAAUGCAGAUGUUUCAGGGCUCCCUUUUCUGCCUUCAACCGCAGGGGGAUUCCUAUACGAGGAGAUCUGCUUUUGAUUCAAUGCUGGCUGGUUGUAUACCUGUGUUUUUCCACCCCGGUUCGGCUUAUACACAAUACACAUGGCACCUUCCUAAGGAUUAUACCAAAUACUCGGUUUUCAUUCCGGAGGACGAUAUUCGGAAGAGGAAUGUUAGUAUAGAGGAGAGGCUUAGGCGGAUUCCUGAGGAGGAGGUUAGGAUUAUGAGGGAGGAGGUUAUUAGUUUGAUUCCUAGGUUGGUGUAUGCGGAUCCGCGAUCCAAGCUGGAGACGCUUAAGGAUGCGUUUGAUGUUUCUGUGCAGGCGGUGAUUGAUAAGGUUACCAAUUUGAGGAAGGAUAUCAUGGAGGGUCGGACGGAUGAGAACUUCAUUGAGGAGAAUAGUUGGAAGUAUGCGUUGUUGGAUGAGGGACAGCGUGAGGUUGGGCCUCAUGAGUGGGAUCCUUUCUUUUCCAAGCCCAAGGAUGGCAAUGGGGAUUCUGGUGAUCUGUCGGCCGAGGCUGCGAAGAAUUCUUGGAAAAAUGAGCAGAGGGAUCAGUCGUGAUUUGUCAAGUGGAGGGAAAGAUUGCAUCUGUAGGGUUCUUAGAUGUGAUGUGGUUUAAUGCUGAUUGCUGACUCAAAUGGUUUCCCUGAAUUGGGGAAGAAUUGCAGCUGUAAAAUAAUUGCUGGGUUCUUGCUAUCAACUUACCGAAUUCAAGUUUCCAUAAUGAGCAGGAUUCCUAAUUGAAAACCCCCAGCAUGGAGAGGUGUUCUCUGCUUUCUACAGUUUUGUUAUAUAGAUUUUUUUUCUUCUUCUGAUUUCUGCCUUAUGUAUUUCCAUUAGUGGUUCCUAGAUGUAUCUUCAUAAGUUUAAUAAUUUCUUUGAUACUACAUAUAUUUUUCCACUUAAUUCAUAUAGGAAAUAUGAACAAAUUUAUGGUUAGCAGUGACGUGAAGUGUUCAUUUGAAUGGUAAUAUCAAUUGGCAGCUGCGUCAUCAUGGCAUUGUGGGUAUCUUUAUUGAAUCAUGGUUGACAUUCAAAAGAUAGAUUGCUCUAUUUUGAUGAUGGUGAAAAUAAAUGUCUAUUUUUCA